AUGCGCUGGACGUGGACGUCCAGCGGCGGCGGGGGAAGGGGCGAGGAGCCGCGCGCGGCGGUGACGCCGUUCACGCGCGAGUCGGCCAAGCGCGCCGGGUCGCGCGGCGCGCAGCUCGUGCGGGAGUUCGGUUUUAUGCCGCGCCGCCGCCUUAGCGUCGAGGAUGGCGCACGGCUGCCCCGCAAGUACGAGCCCUUCCCCCCCAACCUCUACGGCCGCCCUCUCGAGGAGAUCGACAACUUCAUUUACGAUGAGACAUUUUGCGUGGUGUCAAAGCGAUUUCGCAAGAACUACAUUCAUCGGUUCACAGCAACCCGGUCUCUUUUCUGGUGGUCACCGUGGUCCCCCGUUCGGAGAGCCUGCGUCUAUUUUUCCACGAAUCAGUACUUCGACUACUUCGUCAUGGCUACCAUUCUGCUCAACUGUGUCUUCCUCGCCAUGUCGGAGACUGUUGAAGAAGCUGAGUACAUAUUCCUAGCAAUAUACACAGCAGAGAUGAUAAUAAAAUGCAUAGCAAAGGGCUUCAUACUGAACAAAUACACCUACCUGCGGAACCCUUGGAAUUGGCUGGACUUUGUGGUGAUCACUUCUGGCUACGCCACCAUCGGCAUGGAGGUCGGCAACCUGGCUGGCUUGAGGACCUUCAGGGUGCUGAGGGCGUUGAAGACUGUUUCUAUCAUGCCCGGUUUAAAGACCAUCAUCAACGCAUUGCUCCACUCCUUCAAGCAACUGGCGGAGGUCAUGACCCUCACGAUUUUCUGUCUGAUGGUGUUCGCGCUGUUUGCACUGCAGGUCUAUAUGGGGGAGCUGAGGAACAAGUGCGUUAAAAAUCUCGUCUUACCACCUGGAGAGAAUUUCACUGAUGAACUUUGGGCGCAGUGGAUAAAGGACCCACUGCACUGGAUGGUGGACAACGAUGAAGUGCCUAUAAUUUGCGGAAAUCUGACCGGGGCAAGACAUUGCCCGUUGGAGUACACCUGCCUGUGUGUGGGGCCCAACCCUAACCAUGGAUUCACGAACUUCGACAACUUCUUGUGGUCGAUGCUUACUACUUUCCAGUUGAUUACGCUGGAUUAUUGGGAGGAUGUGUAUGAUAUGGUACUGUCAUCAUGCGGGCCAAUGUCAGUAUCUUUCUUCACUGUGGUGGUAUUCUUCGGGUCGUUUUACCUCAUUAACCUGAUGUUGGCUGUCGUCGCCCUCAGCUACGAAGAGGAGUCGCAGAUUACGCAAGAGGAACGCAAAAAAGACUUGAACGAACAUCGCGACGACUCUACAUUCAGUUUCGACCCGACCUCUUUGACAGUGCGAACACUUGCCAAAGAUUCAAAGAAGCGUAUCGACGCAAGAAAGGGAUUACUUCUCGCCUCAUAUUCAAGGAAAAGAACUAGAAGACGUAAACGGGGAAAGAGUGCAAUUCAUCACGCUGCCGCUGUGGCUGCAGUUGCGGAAAGAACGUCGAGAUCGCAGUCCAGGUCGCGGUCAGUGACCCCUAGUCCGUCGUCGCCGCCGCCUCCCCCGCCACCGCCACCGCCGCCACCCCCGCACACGCUGCAUCCUGACAAUGCCUUAGGUAGAGGAGGUGCUUUAAUAGCAGCAGGUCGCCAACUCAGCGAUCAUAGCAACAAUCGAGAGUCGUCUCUUGACGAUUCUGGAGUUGUAGAUGACCACGACGAUGGUGAACACACAUCUGAUGACCAGGCACAGACUCAUCCCCAUCCAAGGAGAGUGCAUCUACACCCUCCUGUACCACCAUCGUCAAAUCCUCCACCGACACCUCUACCCGUAAUACUUAAGGAACCUAAACCUCAAGAGCCAAAGCCAAAAAACGGAUCAAAAGAACAAACUCAAACAAAGCAGCCAGAGAAGACGAAAGAAAAGGAAAAACACUCUGAAAGAAGUAGUAUUCAAGACAAGUAUCCCUUAAAUCCAGACUACCUCAACCAGAUUGUGGUGCUAGGGGCGGACUGGCCAUACAAGCGCGCGCCCGACCUCCCGCAAGCGGAGACGACGAAAAUUAAUGAGCUCAGUUUAUUGGCAGCCACGCACAAAACUCAUAUGGGCAAUUACGAGCAAAAUUGCACUUACUUCACAGAUGAACUUAUGGAUCGAAACAGCGAAUGCUGUGUAACCUGCUGUAUAGACUACGAGGGAUGGCUUCAGUUUCAAAACUGCUUAUAUGGAAUCGUGAAAGAUCCGCUCUUUGAGUUAUUUAUAACGACAUGUAUAGUACUCAAUACUUUGUUCCUGGCUCUGGAGCAUCACGGCAUGAGUGAGAAUGUUAGACAGGUGUUAGAUGUAGGAAAUAAGGUGUUCACGUCAAUAUUUACCCUAGAGUGUAUAAUGAAGGUCAUGGCGAUGAGUAAAGACUUCUUUGCUUGCGGAUGGAACAUAUUCGAUUUGAUCAUUGUAUCAGCCAGCCUUCUUGAUCUCAUAUUUGAGCUCGUAGACGGCUUAUCCGUAUUGAGGGGCCUUCGAUUGUUACGAGUGUUAAAGUUAGCUCAGUCAUGGACUACAAUGAAAGUGUUGUUGAGUAUAAUAAUAUCAACAAUAGGUGCUCUCGGUAAUUUGACGUUUGUGUUAGUAAUAGUUAUUUACAUAUUUGCCGUCAUCGGUAUGCAGUUGUUCUCCAAGUCUUAUACUCCGGAUAAAUUCGAACCUGAUCCAGUACCCAGGUGGAAUUUCAACGAUUUCUUCCACUCGUUUAUGAUGAUAUUCCGGAUACUCUGUGGAGAGUGGAUAGAACCUCUUUGGGAUUGCAUGAGGGCAGAACAAGCAACUGGAGCCGAAAGCUGUUUCUUCAUAUUUCUACCCGCACUCGUUAUGGGAAACUUCAUGGUGCUCAACCUCUUCCUUGCCUUGCUACUUAAUAGUUUUAAUAGCGAGGAAUUGAAGAAUAGGAAGGAGGUAAUGGAAGUCGGAGAAGAUUCCAAAUUAGCUAAAAGUUUCGAUAGAAUACGUUCUAUAGUAAGAAAAAAAGGUUUCCUUAUAUCUAGAAGUAAAGAGAGUGAAAAAAAAUCUAAGUUAGAAGAGCUAGUUAACGAAUUUAUGAUACAACAUCGCGCUAUGAAGGAUGAACACAAAUCUUCAAUACCCAGUGAGCAGAGAUACUCAUCGUCCAUACAGGAGACAGUCUUAUUCCCACACGACAAUAUUUAUAGUCAUAGUUACCAAGAAGCAUUGAAUAGGCCUAUAUCAGUAGGUUCCGACUUCGCAUACCCCCAAUUGUACCCGAGCAACUUCAACCACGGCAGCCAAGAAACUUUAAAAGACGUGCGUGAUUUGGCAAACGAACACAAAAUCACGAGCAUAAGGGAAGAUUCGAAAGAAAACCUCGACGAUACGUCAUCCGUCGACCAAAUACAAGCUCAACGGUUAUUGAAUCAAACUUCUUCGGGGUACUACACGCAGCCUUCUGAUUCAAGAGACGAAAACGAACACUAUGAGAUGGCACAAAUUUCAAGCAAAACUACACCAGAGAAAAAGAGACAAGAGCAGGAACCACCGAAUGUUUUAUGUAAGGAAAAUCAGAAACGAACGGAUAACACGGAAAUGCGCCAUCCCUGGCAAGCUUUAGUUUCAUACGUAGAUGAAUUAACCGUAGGUGCGAGGAAGAACUCCAAGGGUGAAUAUGUUGACACAGUGGGGAAAUUUCCAGGCUUUGGUAAACCAAAAGAGUCUAAAGUACCUCAAGAUUGCUAUCCACGACAGUGUUACGAUGCAUGCCCUUGUUGGGAUUCAUGUAUAGAAACUAAUAUCGGCCAGCGCUGGAUGGUCCUUCGGACCUUUGUCCUCCGCUAUGUCGAUACGCCAGCCUUCGAGUGGUUCAUCUUAGUGCUCAUCUUCGCCUCAAGCAUCACCUUAUGCUUUGAAGAUAUACACCUUGAAAAAAACAAGCCUUUAAAAAAGAUCCUCUACUGGACUAAUCUGGGCUUCUGCUUGAUCUUCGUAAUAGAAAUGUUUCUCAAAUGGAUAGCAUUGGGCUUCUUCAGAUAUUUCACCAGCUUUUGGACUUUAUUAGAUUUUACUAUAGUUUUUGUGUCAGUAUUUAGUUUGUUAAUAGAAGAAAAUGAGAACUUAAAAGUAUUGAGAUCUCUAAGAACUUUACGCGCUUUACGGCCGUUGCGUGCGAUAUCGCGAUGGCAAGGCAUGAGAAUAGUAGUGAACGCGUUAAUGUACGCAAUACCUAGUAUCUUCAAUGUAUUAUUAGUUUGUUUAGUAUUUUGGUUGAUAUUCUCCAUAAUGGGAGUGCAGUUUUUCGGCGGGAAGUUCUUUAAAUGCGUCAAUGAAUACGGGGACCUUUUGCCUUUAGAGAUAGUAAAUGAUAAAUGGGAGUGCUAUUAUAAUAAUUUCUCUUGGAUCAAUUCCAAGAUAUCAUUUGACCAUGUUGGUGUAGCAUAUUUAGCGUUAUUCCAAGUGGCGACAUUUGAAGGCUGGAUGGAAGUAAUGGCCGAUGCAGUGGACGCUAGAGGGGUGGACUUGCAACCGGCAAGAGAAGCCAAUCUUUACGCUUAUAUUUAUUUUGUUAUUUUCAUCGUUUGUGGAUCGUUCUUCACUCUCAAUCUGUUUAUAGGAGUAAUUAUAGAUAACUUUAAUAUGCUCAAGAAAAAGUACGAAGGAGGAGUAUUAGAAAUGUUUCUCACAGAAAGCCAAAAACAUUAUUACACAGCAAUGAAGAAACUUGGGAGAAAGAAGCCUCAGAAAGUAAUAAAACGGCCAAGAAAUCAGUUUCUUGCAAUGUUCUACGAUUUAUCGAACUCUAGACGCUUCGAAAUAGCUAUUUUUGUGUUAAUAUUCCUUAACAUGCUCACCAUGGGGAUCGAGCAUUAUGAUCAACCACAUUCUGUUUUCUUCAUCUUAGAAGUGAGCAACGCGUUUUUCACAACAGUAUUUGGACUUGAGGCAAUAGUGAAAAUCGUCGGUCUAAGGUAUCACUACUUCACUGUGCCAUGGAACGUGUUCGAUUUUCUCUUGGUACUGGCUUCGAUCCUGGGAAUACUAAUGGAAGAUAUAAUGAUUGAUUUACCCAUUUCGCCUACUUUACUGCGGGUGGUUAGAGUCUUUCGUAUAGGGAGAAUUUUAAGACUGAUUAAAGCCGCUAAAGGCAUUAGAAAACUGCUGUUUGCGUUAGUGGUGUCUCUGCCAGCGCUGUUCAACAUCGGCGCUCUUCUUGCCUUGAUUACGUUCAUUUACGCGAUCAUAGGCAUGUCCGUGUUUGGUCACGUCAAGGAACAGGGCGCUCUGAACGAUAUUGUUAACUUCCAGACUUUCGGAAGGAGCAUGCAAUUACUUUUUCGGCUCAUGACUUCAGCAGGAUGGAAUGAUGUUUUGGAGUCUCUCAUGAUUCAACCACCCGCCUGCAGAUUAGGAGAUCCAACUAUACCAGGAGACCAUGGCAACUGCGGAAGCCCACUUCUUGCCAUCACCUACUUUACUUCUUUCAUUAUUAUCAGCUAUAUGAUUGUUAUCAACAUGUACAUAGCUAUUAUUUUGGAAAAUUUCAAUCAAGCUCACCAAGAAGAAGAAAUUGGGAUUGUUGAAGACGAUUUAGAAAUGUUUUACAUUAGAUGGUCGAAAUAUGAUCCCCACGCCACACAAUUCAUAAGCUUUACCCAACUCUCCGACUUUAUUGCAUCCUUAGACCCUCCCCUCGGCAUACCUAAACCCAACACGGUGGCUCUAGUCAGCUUCAACCUUCCCAUUGCAAGAGGAAACAAAAUUCAUUGCCUUGACAUCCUUCACUCUUUAGUCAAACAUGUAUUAGGCCAUGUCGAAGAAACAGACACAUUCAGACAACUACAGGAACAAAUGGACAUCAAGUUCAAGAAGCAAUUCCCAACUAGAAAAGAACUAGAGAUUGUAUCAUCAACAAGAAUAUGGAAAAGGGAAGACAAGGCAGCCCGGAUGAUACAACGAUCUUGGAGGGAAUACGUCAAGCGAAAGAACCGCAGUCCUUCCAAUGAAGAGGAAAGUACAAAGUGGUCACCAGGUGGAGGUUGGGGCGGCCGUCUCAGUGCCCUCUUGCAUGUCAGAAGAAGUUCUCACGCGUCCAGCAGAAAGUCUUCGCGAGCGUCUGACGCCUCAGAUCUUAGUGAACUUGGAGGUGCCUGGUUAAACUUGCCGUUGCUAUUGCUGCCGGGUGCGACUCCCGGUGAUCAAGCUGCGGCAAGCGGAUCGGAAUCAGCACCACCGCGAAGGAGAUCAGCAUAUGGUUUGCCUUUAUUCCUGAGACACCAAGAUGCUGUCGACGAGGACGGCGGUGGCCCAAAACGCGCAGGUUCCCUUCGUAUAACAUCGCGGAGAAAUUCAGCUCGCAGGGCAACGACACCUGCUCGGGCGCGUACUCCUUCCCCUCACGCUACCAACAGCGAAGUGAGCAUCCUUGUAACCGAGGCGUCACCAGACGCUGCGCCGCUCCCCACUGCACCCCCCACAGUGGUCAGAGUCCUCGUGCAUCGAGAAAGCGACGAACAACCCAGCUGAUCUACGACCGCCGAGCCCGAAGAGGCUCAAACCCAAUAGUUAUUAACCCUUAGCUCCCAAGGACUAGCAAGCUAGUUUGUCAGACACAGAAUCGAGUGUCAAAAGAUCGAAUAUUGUGUUCACACACAACCGUGCACGGUGAUAAUGGAUAGUGUAAUGUGAUUUAAAAAAAGUUAGCUUAACCACGUCUAUAGAUAUUUAAAAAUCGAAAGUUUAAAGAGCCCCUAAAGUAGAUUAAGGCCGCAGUCCAAAAUGGUAUAAGCUUAUAUAAUUUUAUUUGAAUUAAAAAAAAAACGUUAGAGUUGUCUAACCAGAUACUUCGCGAAAAAGUUUUUAUCGAUUCAUCGAUUCCAUAAGCUUAAAUUAAAUCGAUAGUUCAAUGAGAUGCUACUUUAACAUUCUUUUUUAUCUAAGCUUUAUUAGAGACGCAGAUUUGUUCGUAUUAUGUAUAGCAGUUUUAUAUUUAAUUAAGAUUCGAGACUUGUCUCUGAAAGGGUUGUAAAUUUUGUUGAUGUAAAUAUUAGCUAUUUGUAUAUGAGAACGACUGAUAAUGUCAUCUAAGUCGAUGCUUAUAAAAUGAAAUAUGAAUAUCUAUGUUGAAGUGCACAGCAAAUCAUCUGUUAUUAAGAAUUAAUUUUAUACAUCUUUCCAUACUUUCUUUCAUCCGACUUUGAAAUGAUAGACAUUUCAAGGUUUAUGGUCCGCUGUUCACUUAACAAAGAUAUUUGAUACUUAUAAUCAAGUGAACACAAGUAUUUUUUCUCAUAAUUAUAGAAACGCAGUAACACUGAUAAUUAUAAUAAAAGAAUGCGCCGUUUCAUGUGGUCCCUAUCAAGGAAUGUUCAUUUCUAUUGGUUAUAGUAAAAUGUUAAGGCAAAAGCAUUUUAACGUGACAUUAUUUAAAUCUCUUAUUGGGAUACUUAUACCAGGUCUCCUCACUACAUUUGUUACACUUAACAAUAGUGUAACCAACCAGAAUAUACAAAGCUCCAGACCUUAGUAACCAGCAAACGCUCUAAAAAUACUCAUUGACACAGCAAUAGGAAACCUUAGAAGAAUUUAUAAAACGUCAAUUUUCGCCUUUUAAUCGUAGGUUAGAUAAUAAAUUGUUUUAUACGUCGGAAAACGAUGUACCAAUUUUAGAUAUAAUAGAGUGUAGGUAUUCUGUUUUGGAGCCAUUUGAAAUAACAGUUUUUUUCUGACACUAAGGGUCGUAUUCUAGAACUCUACUCAAUGCUC